AAGUCAUUAAACCAAAACAAACUCAUCUGGUCACGCAACUUGAAAUUUUUUCAAAACAAUUUUUUUCUCGCAAAAUCAAGAAAUUAAAUUCCAUCACAAUGGAGGAUGAUUUCUACGUUUAUAAGGAAAAGAAUCUGUUUUCGGAAUGUUUGAGCACAUUAAGAGAGAUAAGGCGUCAGGGUAGACUGUGUGAUAUCGUGUUAAAGGUCGAAGAUUCUGCAUUUAGCUGCCAUAGAGUUGUUCUUGCAGCAACAAUUCCAUAUUUUUAUGCAAUGUUCUCACAAGAUUAUAAAGAAUACUCGAAGAAAGAAAUAGAAUUAAAGGAGAUAGAUGCAACAGCUUUAGAACACUUAAUUAAUUAUGCAUACAGUGGAUCCAUAAGAAUUGACACAAACAAUUGCCAAUCAAUCAUGAUUGGUGCAUCGUUUCUUCAAUUAAAUAAAGUCCGAGACGCUUGUGCUGAUUUUCUUAUUAAGAAAUUUCAUCCACAUAACGUACUUGGUAUUAAGGCUUUUGGUGACUCAUUAUCUCAUAAUACACUUGUCGUAGCUGCUGAUAAGUUUAUAAAUCAGAAGUUUGGUGCAAUCUCAACAUCCGAAGAAUUCAUGACGCUUGGAUUUAAAGAACUACAAGACAUAAUAAGACGUGAUGAAAUCAACUGUAAUAGCGAGGAAGUAAUUUUUGAGGCAUCAAUGCGCUGGAUUAAAUACAAUGAAGCUGAACGAUGUCAUUUAUUGCCGGAAGUCUUGUCAAAAGUACGAUUGCCACUUUUAUCGCCACAAUAUCUUGCUGACUUUGUAGCCACAGAGGAACUGAUUAAAACGAAUCAUCAAUGUCGUGAUUUACUUGAUGAAGCCAAGGAUUAUCAUUUAAUGCCAGAACGAAGAGAAUUGCUACAAAGUUAUCGGACUAGACCAAGAGGAAAUGAGUUUGUUCGUGGUGAGAUUUAUGCUGUUGGUGGAUUGACAAAGACUGGCGAUGCUGUAUCGACCGUUGAGAUUUAUAAUGUACAGAAAGAUGAAUGGAGAAUGGGCGAAGCAAUGUCAAUGCUAAGAUCUCGUGUAGGCGUAGCUGUUUUACAUAACAAGCUUUACGCAUUCGGUGGAUUUAAUGGACAGGAACGUCUUUCAACCGUUGAAGUGUUUGAUCCAGAAUCAAAAACUUGGAGUCAAGGAAAGACAAUGAUGUGUAAAAGAUCAGCAGUUGGCGUUGCAAGUCUAGACGAUUUUAUUUAUGUAUGCGGUGGAUAUGAUGGAAUAACUUCACUGUCUACAGUCGAACAGUUUUGUCCAAAAAAUGAUUCAUGGAAGAAAGUGGCACCGAUGAUGAAAUAUAGAAGUGCAGGAGGUGUAGCAGCAUUAAGGGGAUUUGUCUAUGCUCUUGGUGGACAUGAUGGACUGUCUAUUUUUGAUAGUGUCGAGCGAUAUGAUCCAAAGACUGAUAAAUGGGAAAAAGUCAAGUCAAUGACGAGUCGAAGGUGUCGAUUAGGAGUAGCUACACUUAGUGGAAAACUCUAUGCAUGCGGUGGAUAUGACGGAUCGAGUUUCUUAAGGAGUGUUGAAGUCUAUGACCCUAAUUUAGACACAUGGCGAUCGAUUGCUUCAAUGAAUGUCAAAAGAUCAAGAGUCGCACUUACUUCCAAUAUGGGUCGAUUAUUUGCUAUUGGUGGAUAUGAUGGAGAAUCAAAUCUAUCAACAGUUGAAGUCUACGAUCCAGUAUCUGAUUCCUGGUCAUUUACAUCAUCGAUGUGCGCUCAUGGAGGAGGCGUAGGUGCUGCAGUCUUACCAUUGUGAUUUAAUUAUUAAUAAUAUGUUUAGAGCUGAAUGUUCAAUGCUUAACUUUCCAUUAACCCACAGUGAUUUACUUAAGAUUAGCGACCUUCCUAUGGAAUUACUUAAUUUCUUUUUUCUAAAUCAAGUGAUUUGUCUAAGCUAUUCCGUAACUUUUUUUUGGUACCUUAAUAUGUCCAUAAAUGGAACUCAAUAAAGAAUUUAUAAUUUUUUUGUUAACGUUA